GCGGUGCCCAAAAGGUUCGUCGGUGAGGUGCGAGGCUGGAACCAAGCGGAGGUAGGGAAGAGGAGAAAUGGAGGGGACGAUUCCGUUCAAGAGUCUCCAUAGCAGGGAAUAUCAAGGUCACAAGAAGAAGGUGCAUUCGGUGGCUUGGAAUUGCGCUGGAACGAAGCUCGCUUCGGGUUCGGUCGAUCAAACUGCUCGUAUUUGGCACAUCGAGCCUUACGGUCAUAGUAAGUUCAAGGACAUUGAGCUAAAGGGUCAUACUGACAGUGUGGAUCAGCUAUGUUGGGACCCUAAACAUGCCGAUCUUGUCGCUACUGCAUCUGGGGAUAAGAGUGUUCGUCUCUGGGAUGCUCGUAGUGGAAAAUGCACACAACAAGCCGAACUUAGCGGGGAGAAUAUCAACAUCACCUACAAACCCGACGGCACACACAUAGCAGUUGGUAAUAGGGAUGACGAACUAACAGUUUUGGACGUUCGUAAGUUUAAGCCUCUACACAGGCGCAAGUUCAACUAUGAGGUAAAUGAGAUUGCUUGGAACCUGUCAGAAGACCUUUUUUUCUUGACUACCGGACUCGGUACUGUUGAGGUUCUGGCAUAUCCAUCUCUUCAUCGUCUCGACACUGUCACAGCUCACACAGCUGGGUGCUAUUGCAUUGCAAUUGACCCGAAAGGAAGGUAUUUUGCUGUCGGGAGUGCGGAUUCUUUGGUCAGCCUCUGGGAUAUCUCGGACAUGCUUUGUCUGAGAACAUUCACCAAACUUGAGUGGCCCGUGAGGACGAUAAGCUUCAACUACACAGGAGAUUACAUCGCUUCUGCAAGUGAGGAUUUGUUCAUCGAUAUAUCUAACGUCCAGACCGGGCGGACGGUCCAUCAGAUUCCAUGCCGAGCUGCCAUUAACAGCGUGGAGUGGAACCCUAAACACGAUUUACUCGCGUACGCAGGUGACGAUAAGAAUCCAAAAUAUAAUAGCGAUGAAGGUGUUUUCCGAGUAUUUGGUUUUGAAAGCUCGUAACAAGGAGGUUUCCGGGGAUGAAGUUGUGAUUUCGGGAUGACAACAUCACCCAAAAACUCGAUCCGAUCCGAAAAGCAUUUAAAAAAAUUUGGGUAUCUUGAUAUUUUCGGCCGGAUUCGGGUAAUAAUGUUUUCCAAUUUCAGUUUUUUGUUAUAACAUUUUGCUCUAUUUAUAUU